CGGCGGAAGGCGGAAGGAAGGAGGGAAGGAGCCGGGGGGGGGGGGGAGAGAGAAGGCGGCGGCUAUGGACGACCAGGGCUGCCCGCGGUGCAAGACCACCAAGUACCGCAACCCCUCCCUGAAGCUCAUGGUCAACGUCUGCGGCCACACGCUAUGCGAGAGCUGCGUGGAGCUGCUGUUUGUAAGAGGGGCUGGGAACUGCCACGAGUGCGAUACCCCCCUGCGGAAAAGUAACUUCAGGGUACAGCUCUUUGAGGAUCCUGCUGUUGACAAGGAAGUGGAAAUUCGUAAGAAGGUGCUGAAAAUAUACAAUAAAAGAGAGGAUGACUUUCCCAGUCUAAGUGAAUAUAAUGAUUUCCUGGAAGAAAUAGAAGAAAUUGUAUUUAACUUGACUAACAAUGUGGAUUUGGAGAACACCAAAAAGAAAAUGGAGCUGUACCAGAAGGAUAACAAAGAAGUCAUUCAGAAAAACAAGAUAAAACUGACGCGGGAGCAGGAGGAAUUGGAGGAAGCUUUAGAGGUGGAACGACAAGAAAAUGAACAAAGGCGACUGCUUGUACAGAAGGAAGAACAACUACAACAGAUGAUAAAAAGGAAGAAUAAACAGGCACUCUUGGAUGAACUGGAGAGCUCCAGCCUUCCUGCUUCGCUGCUUUUAGCUCAGCAUAAGGACAGAUCUACUCAGCUAGAAAUGCAACUGGAAAAACCCAAACCUGUCAAACCAGUCACGUUUUCCACUGGCAUCAAAAUGGGUCAGCAUAUUUCGUUAGCUCCCAUGCAAAAGCUAGAGGAAGCUUUGUACGAGUAUCAACCUCUGCAAGUGGAGACAUAUGGACCACAAGUUCCAGAGCUUGAAAUGCUGGGAAGGCUGGGGUAUCUCAACCACGUACGAGCCGCCUCUUCGCAGGAUCUUGCUGGGGGCUACACUUCUUCCCUGGCGUGUCACCGAGCCCUACAGGAUGCUUUCAGUGGUCUCUUCUGGCACCCCAGUUAGCCAGCGUACGCCAGCCUGCGAUGAAGGGACACUAAACGGAGUGGGAAGCAAGUCAAGCCAGCAAAGGUUGGGUAAAAUUGCUGCCAUCUGCACAAUGGCUAAGCUGCAGUCACUUUUCUGUGUAAAACCAGCUGUGUUUAAGUGUUAAAGGGAAAAAAAAAGUCUACAGGAGAGCUUUGUAAAAUGGUAGAUACAUUUUUGCGGAGGGGGAAACUCGUUAGUCAUGUGGCACUUUGCUGAGGGAGGCUGAAGCAAUAAGCCACAUCUAAUGGAAGACGUGAAUAACUCAGCUGUGUAUGUUUGAGGUUUAAAAAAAUACACUUGUAAAUUUUUUUAAAUAAAGCCAGACUUUUUUAUUAAA